CAAUCAAAUCAGUUGUCAUUUCAUAUACACUAUUGAACUCAUAUUUAAUUAAUUGUUUUAUUAAUAUUAAAAACAAAACCAAAUUAAAUAUUUAAUUUUGAUUGUCUUAAGUAUCAGUCAUUUGAUUUGAUUUGUCUAACAAUAACUAACCCAUUGAUUGGAUUGAGUCUACCAUUAGUUUACUGCAAAACAAACCAAACAAGUCAUGGGAUCUAUUAAAGUGAUAAUCAAAGCGCCGAACCAGAAACUGGUGGAUCAGACUGUGACCUGUGAUAUCGAUUGGACAGUGAGUGCAUUGAAAGCACAUAUAUCUUCAGUAUAUCCAACUAAACCACGUAUUGAAGACCAGAGACUUAUCUAUUCCGGACACUUACUCAACAAUCAACAAACUUUGCGUGAAAUACUGCAACCAAUUGAUUCAAUAGAAGACAACCACACGUUUACCAUACAUUUGGUAUGCGCUCAGUCACCAAACGAGACCAACUCAUCUACUAAAACAAAUCACAACAGUAGUAUUGCCAACAAUUCAAAUACAAUGGAUGCCAAUAAUAGUGAUCAAAAUAAUUCAAACAACAGUCAAACUAAUUCAAACAAUUUAAACAAUGCAUUUAAUGGACAAUUCUCACCAAAUAUGUUGACAAAUGCCAAUGCAAUGAUACCACCGGAUCAGUUAUGGCAACAAAUGUCAUACGUUCAACAGGCAUACGCCCAAUAUAUGGCACAAUAUAUGGCACAAAAUCCAUAUAUUAAUCAAAGUUUCUAUAAUAACAAUAUGUUACAAAAUAAUAUCCCACCGAUGACUCCUCCAAUGGCUGCACCACAAGCAGCGCCCGAAGUAGUAGCUAAUGGAGCGCUUGCACCACCACAAGCACCUCAAGUUCAACGUAUGAAUGCUGGACCGGGAGGUCAAGCGGUUAUAGAUGAUGACGACGAGGGCCGCAACAGAGAUUGGUUGGACUGUUUCUAUUGGAUGAGUCGCGCAGUUGUCUUGUUUAGCAUUAUUUAUUUCUAUUCGUCUUUCACUCGAUUCUUAUUAGUCAUCUUUUUAUCGGUUCUCUUGUAUUUAUAUCAAACCAAUUGGUUUAAUCGUAACAGAAAUAAUAACCGACAACAACCAAAUGUGGCCAAUAAUAACAAUAAUAAUAAUGUUAAUAAUAACAACAACAACAACAAUAAUAAUAUUAAUAACAAUAAUAAUAAUAAUGAAGAACAGCUCCCAAAUGAAGAAGUGGUUGCAGAUGACACCGAAGUAUUGGAUAGACAGCGACAACAAUUGACUAACAAUUCUAUUAUUAAUGACGAAAGAGUUACUGAAGAAAGAUUUAGUGGUUUGAGAUUUGUUUGGGUUGUUGUCUCUUCUUUGUUCACAUCAUUAAUACCCGACAAUCCGGCCGCUAAUCUCAAUUGAUUUUGUCACUACUAUUUAACAUUACUACUGUAUAUCUAUAUCUAUAUUAUUUAUUAUACAUUUACUUUCAAUUUAUUUGAGUUGUUAUUUUUUGUGUUGUUAUAAUUUACACUUUAUUUAAUUGAAACUAUA